AUGUCGGCCCUCGCGUCCUCUUCGCGCGCCCGCGUCGCCGCUCCGACACUCCGUGCCGUCCGUGGCAUGGCCGGCCUCAACCCGCACACCGCCCAGUCGACCGAUGCGCGUAUCGACAUCAUCCGUAACUACCUUUACCCGCCCGACAGCGUUGAGCCGCGCAACACGUCCCCGAUCGGUGCCCGUCGCUACGAGUUUGAGGAGCGUCUCCGUGCUGUGAUCCCCAGCAACGAGGCGCACGAGACGAUCGAGCGCGCGUGGCAGCUGUUCAAGCGCGAGAAGCGCGAGAAGCGCCAGCGCGCCAUUGCGGCCAAGUACCGCGCCAUGGAGGAUGCGUGCAACGAGCUCGACGCUCUCUCCGGUGGUGUCCAGGGCAAGGGCGAGAUCUCCCGCAAGAUCUACACCCGUGCCAUGCAGCGCAUGAACCACGGUCCCGCUGCCUACCAGGCUGCCCUCCAGGGCAUUGAGCAGGGCAAGAAGAAGACGGCCGAGAGCCGCUUCCUCGAGGCCCGCGUCGACGGUCUCGUUCCCCGUGAGGCUUGGGUCCCCGUUGACAGCAGGGGGAAGGGAUGGAACUACGAGUGGACCAGGCCGCUUAACGUUCAGCAAUAA